GGGGAGGGCUGUGCACCGGGAGGGAGGGCUGCUGGUGGCCGCAGUUCGCCCCAGGACAGCGACGGGUGAGCCCCCAGCCCCCAGCCCGUUCCUCCCCCGGAGGGAAAAGCCUGCCGAGCGAGGAGGGCAGCGGUGCCUGGGGCCAGCCCUGCCCGGCCAUGAUGCUGCCCGCCGCCGGCCCCAGCCCGGGCCAGACGUGCGGGGCCGUGCUGGUCGCCGCCGUGCUCCUGCAGUCCGUCUGCGUGGCCGUCACCUUCCUCUACUUCACCAACGAGCUCAAACAGCUCCAGGACACGUACUCCAAGAGCGGCACUGUUUGUCUCACCAGGGAGGAAAUGGGAAAUUUCAUCCAAAACUUGGAUCUAACUGAAAGCAAAGACACAGCGGCUGACCCCUGCUGGCAAGUAAAGUGGCACCUGGGAAAGUUAAUUAAAAAGAUGAUGUUGAGAAGCUACGAGGAAACCAUAGCUGCAGUCAACGCUGAAAGAGCCCCGACGCUGUUGCUCACCGACGGGCAGCAGCCGCCGCGCGGUCCCGUCAACAGGAUCGCGGCGCACCUGACGGGCAACAGCAACAGGAAGAAUUCCCUGUCCCCACGCAUAGAUUCCUCGCCCAGAAGAGGGAACGGACAAAAAAUAAACAACUGGGAAUCGUCAAGGAAAGGCCACUCUUUCCUGUACAAUGUGGAGCUGAGAAAUGGCGAGUUAGUGAUACCCCAAAGCGGGUUUUAUUACAUCUACUCACAAACUUAUUUUCGUUUCCGUGAAAACGAGAACGAGGGUUCAGAUUUGUUGGCACAGAUCAGGAACCCCAAACAGCUUGUCCAAUAUGUUUACAAACUGACCAAUUACCCAGAGCCCAUUUUGCUCAUGAAAAGCGCAAGAACAAGCUGCUGGUCUAAAAAGGCGGAAUAUGGACUUUACUCCAUCUACCAAGGUGGUGUGUUUCAGCUGAAAAGGGACGACAGGAUUUUUGUCUCUGUCAGUAAUGGUGACAUAGUUGACAUGGACAAAGAAGCAAGUUUUUUUGGAGCCUUUAUGAUUGGUUAAAAGAUGAAAAUCAUGCUCCAAAGGAGCCAGUUUUCACAGUCGGGACCAGCUUAAAAUUCUAUAAAACAGGGGAUGAUAAGCAAACACUGUAGCAAUACCGGCAAUACGAGACUCCCCUUUCCCAGCUCACUCGGCGCGAGGUCCGACCAUGCCGAAUACUCUCCCACCAGCCGGGAGGGAGCAGCAGCAGCCGGCUGCAGCUGCGGGUGGCGAUGCUUUGUGCAGGCCACGGGCGCCACGGCUCGCUGCCCGGCCGGGCUGGGGACGUGCGAGGAUUUCACACGCCACAGGUGACACCUUCGGCCAGGAGACCGGGCAGCUAAGCGCGCGUGCCACCACCUCCACCGAGAUGCUCCGCACCAGCUCACCCGCGGCAGGUGGGGUGGAGGAUGCUCCGGGUCCUGUUACUCGAGGCCGAAACUGGACAUCAGAUUUUUUUCGUGGUCUCCAUUGAGACCCCGUCUUGAAUAUCUGAGCUCCUCUAAGAAGCCUUCGCAAGUAUGGCUUCCCAGAUGCCCGCGGAAUCACUCUGGAAGUUUUUCUUUGAAUCUGAGUUUUACAAAAGUGAAAGUCUGUCAGAAACUCAAACUGCACGUCUUCACCUCAUCUAACAAAGCGCUUAGGCACCUAAUUAAUUUUAAGCACACGAACAGUCCCAGUAAACCAGAGUAUUUACAUGCUUGAAAUUAAAUAUGUGCUUAAGCAUUUUUCAGGAUCAUGGCUUGAGUAAGCACAUUAGUGUCUCUUAAUCAGGAUAUUGUACAUAAAACCAGCUGCUGAAAUGGCACAGAAGAGGUUUUGAAAUCAAUCAGUAUUUUGACCAGCACAUUACGAUAGCGCCUAUUAAUUGCUGUGCUGCAAAGAUUUCACCAGGCUUCCAGUAGGUCCAGUGAUGUAGUUGCUGUUACACUUGUUGACAGCAAGUACUUGAUCCAGAAAAAAGGUGUUUUUCUGUAAAUAUUGAAUUCUAUUAGGCAUUUGCCACAAAUUAAGCUUGACACGGUUCAUCCCUGUUUAUUUUUACUGGCCUGUAUUUGGUAAGAUGUAAUGCAGAAAAACACACCCCGAUGACUAAUACUUUAAGGAAAACAUACACAACUAUCCGUACUUAAACAAGAGCUGCGUUUUGGGUAAUGCUGUUUUGAUUUUUAUUUUGUUUUUAGGAAUGGGUGGAAAAUUUUCGUAACUUUUUUUAAACCGUAGUUUUUUACAAAAACUGGCCACUGUAUUUUUUAAGUCUAUAAGUAGGACUAUUUUGUUGUGGUUAAAAAAGAGGGGAAAAUAAGAUUUGCAAGCGUAAAUGCAAAAUGUGUGGGCUAGAUCCACAGCGUAAAUCAGGUAGCCUUAAUCAGCACAUCUGCAGCAUUGUCAGUGGAGCGAUACCGGUUUGCACCGUGAAUGCAUUUUGCCCAGGUUCAGGGAAAACAGUGGGAAAAAGGAGGUGAAGGUGAAAAAAAUUAAUGGAGGGGAGGGAAGACAGUUGUUCUGCAAGUGUUACUUUACGUCAACAGAAUGAUGCCAGAAGAAAAUCUGCUUGUCUAUUUUUUUAAUACACUAAGGUUGCCAUGGGAACCCUCACAUUCACCUCCACAUUCUGGUAAUUAAAUCACUGUACAGCCCUUGCAUAGGGGCCUCGUGGGUAAACAGGCAUCAUUCAUCUUACUACUUUGUCAACAAGAGGAAACAAACAGGCACAAGCCCCUGCAUCUAUUUUGUCGUUCAGAAAAGCAGGUACAUCGGUUGACUUAAAUACCUGUGUUUGAGCAACAGGAGAAGAAUUUGCCCCUCCUUUCGACAGGCUGGGGCAAAGAAACACACUGCCAUAAGCCUAAAAGGCUGAGUUUUAACUUUUGUCUGCUGUUUUAACGUAGCAUCACAUAUACUGUUUUCAGUGGUAAUCACUUAUGUGAAAUUCUUCGUCGUCUACAGGAACACUUGGGUUUGCCUCAUUCUCAAAUCAUCUGUAAUAUUUCUAGUUUUCUUUCUGAUUUCAGUAUUUAAUUCAGAAAUUUUCUGCCUGCCAGCAAAGACUAGGGAGAACAAAGCCAUCCCCUACAUACCUGGACGUCUGCUAUAUUGGAGAAAAGACUUUUGUAGGUUCUCCUUGCGAAUGGACUGGGCUUUUCGAUCUCAGCACAGGAGUGACCCAUGCUACCAGGUUAGAGGGGGGUUUUUUUAACAAUUUAUUAAAAGUUGAUUUUUUUUUUUUUUUAGAAAUGUUACUUUAGGAGGUUAUUUGAAAGAAAGUUUAUUUGAACUGUGAAAAAGUAUUCUGGAUUUACUCAUGGCAGCUUAAAGUCAGAAACCCUCCCUAUGGCUAAGAACCGACUUGUGCAGCGCAGGAGUCGUGGCUGUUAGAAAGGAUGGGAAGGAAACCGUGGGGGGCUUCACAAACUCGCAGCUGAUGCUAAGACAAACCGUCUGUUACACACAAGAUUUUUUUGCUCCAUGUUCUCGCCUCGACUCUCAAUAUAUAACACCAAGCCCAAUGUCGCUUGGGGAGUGCUCCUUGGCAUUACCUCCCUUUUUUAGCUAAAUGUACAUAUUCGUGGACUCUGCACGCAAAGCAUACUGCAACAGGGGUUGCGCCAAAUAAUCAGAUUUUAUUUCUGAAUAAUCCAAAGGCAUGCUUGCCAGAUAUUAUCUUGGGGGGAGAUUAUCAAGCAAUAUCGGACAGGACACAUUUGAAGGCGAAUGGAAAGAUACAGCAACUUCUGCUUGUAUGUUUGCACCCUGAAUCAUACUUUUCAUCUCACUCUGUGUUGAAUGGCAAAUGUAGCAAAUUUUCAUUUGUGGAUGGAGGUUGUGGUAACAUGUAAAUAUUGUAAUUUUUCUACUUGCAUUUUAUAUAAAACGUUUUUAGUAAAUA